UGGCUCACCUCCUUCGUUGAUACCGAUUGGAUAGGUGGGUUGCCACCNCUCUUCUCCACCUAUCUUACCCUCAUGGUCCCCCACCAACCGUGCCCCUAUCUACCCCCAUGCUUGUCCACAAACUUUGGGUAUCACUUUCAGAUAGCAACCAAUUUGAAACACAAUCCACAUCUUAGCUGCAUAUCACAAUACAUCUGUGGGACAGUUCAACAGAUCUUGCCUCAACGACAACCUGCCAGUUAG